UCAUAAGGACGAAUUUUAAAAAUCGUUCAUUUCCGCGAAAAAUCUUCUCAAAAUACGUUCGAAAAGAGAAACUCAGACCUAAAAUAUUGCAGUCUGGAUGUUAUAUAGUAAAUCUAAAUAUUUUAACAAAUUAAAACCCUUUAACCAGCUAACUGCGUUCGACGUGUGUCAAUCCGAAACUUUAGUUCGGUACGGUUAAUGUGUAUACGCAGGUAAUUGAUUAAUUACAGAAUUGAUACAUUUUUAUGCAAAAAGUAUAAAAAUACCGUUUUUUACAAUUUUGCAAAGGAGCAAUUUAUAUGUAGUAGUUUCUUAGCAUCCCCAGUAGGGAUGGUCUUACCGUGAACGGGAAUCAAGAUCAUUGAUUGAAAUUAUAACAGCUGAAAAAUGUUGCUGUCGCGUGGCCCAUCAAUUUUGAGAAACAUAUAUGAAUUAAAUGGAAGAAAACAGACUGGAGUGAAUUUACAACAGAUUCGUAAAUGUUGGACCUAUCGUACAGUGACUGAACCUAAAAGACAUUGGAAAAUAAUAGCUGAAUGCGUUGGCGGAGUGGUAUGGUGGUGGAUCUUCUGGAACGCGUGGCACGAUUAUGAGCAUAUUACUGGUCACUUCCCUGAAAUACGUCCAAUAGAGUGGUCUGACGAAGAAUUGGGAAUUCCACCAGAUGAUUAGAUAGUCAAACAGAUUUUUUCUGUAUAAAAGAUAUUGAAACUUUGGCGUAUAUGUGUCAAUGAUUUUGAUGUAUUUAAAUAUUAGAUUACUACCAUGUUAGAACUCAUAUAUAAUAAUAUAUUAAAUAUAUUAUUUAUGUUUUUAAUAAAGAUAUCAUUUGAAUCAUG